AUGUGGCUAGUUAAGUCUGCAUCAGCUUUUGAAAAUUGUGUUGCCAUUGUUAAAUGUAUACGAUCUAACACAUCAUACGCGUUAAGACUUCGUGAAUCCGAAAUAAAAAAUAAACAACUUCAGUCUGAAAAUAUUGGACUAAGAGUUACUGUUGCGCAAUUAAGAGCAAAGGUUGAAAAGCUUAGGUGCCAAAGAGCGAAAACGAAUGACAACUUCAAAGAAAGUGUUAAGUCUGCAAAUGACAAAAUUAUCGCUUUGGUUCAACAAUUACAAAGUGCUGCAGACUCUUUAAACACCAUCGUGGACCCUGAAUCAGCUCGAGGCUCCAGUUUCAUUUCCGAUGGUUCGUCAAUAUUAAGUUCUUCAAUUGAUCUACCAAAUGGUGGUCUCUAUGCUACAAACGGAAUUCAAUAUCCUGAUACAGACACUACAGAGAUGAAUAUGCAUAAAAAGAAGUCUAUUAAUUCGUUGACCGCUUACCGGAAUGAACCAAAAGACUUGAUCCCAAUCAAUGAGCAAGAAGAUCCAGAAUCUUUAAUUUCCGCAUCAAAUUCGCAUAAACUCGAGCAAGACGGAGAUGAAUAUCUGUCAGAAAAAGCUGAAAGAGUUCAGGCAAAGAUUCCUCAAGAGGAGCAGCAGAGGGAUGAAUCACCAUCAAAAAAGAAAUUGAGGCGUGCUAAGAAUGGUAAUGAUUUACUACCAUUACGAGAAAAGGAUUCUAACUUGGAAGUAAUAUUUGCAAAAAAGGAAACCAAUUUCAAGCAACAAGAGGCUGAGCAACACACCGAAGGAAAAUAUUUAUCCGUGGAUGUCGAAACGGAUCAACUUUGCCAAAUGAGUAAAAUUCAAGAUUAUACCCAUGAAUCGAAAGAAAGUGUUGAAUCUACUACAUUUCUGCAUGUAAAUAGAACAUCUCCAUCUCAGGUAGUCUCAUGUAAUCCUCACGCGGUAGCAAGUUAUGAAAAAAGAUUUACUAAUUCUUCAUCUAUCGGUAUUACAAAGCAUCAGCUACAAAGUGUGGCAGAAAAGGGUAAACCAGGUGUUUUGACCCCGUCCCAAACGAUAAUGUCCAAUACAAGUUCAAUAAACAGAAACGAGAGACCUUUUCAAGAAGAAUCUUAUGAGAUUAAUAACUUAAAACUAGUAGAACAAAAUAUGGAAAUAUCGGAAAAACAUAAUAAAAGGCAAACAAGAGAAUUUGUGACAGGGAUGAUAAAUGAAGGAGAAUCUCUGGGAAGAAAAAGAUCCAGAAUAAAUUAUGCGGAACCAAAUCUUCGCAGCAAACUACGUAAAGGGGAUCCACAUACCUAUACCUUAAAAACAAAUUCUCAGAAUAAAGGUUUACGAUCACCUUAG